AUGACUUUGCCAAGAAGCUCUAUUGUAGGGCUUCAAGAUUUUAGUGAAUCCUCAUCAUUGGAGUAUAGUGAUUCAGGAUCAGAUAUUGAGGGAUUGGAAGCUCAUAAUAUCAUCAGCAAUCCAAUUGAUCAUUUUACUUCUUUAUUUAAGCUUCAGAAUCUUUCAGAAACAAAAUUAACAACAUAUCCUGAGCCAUCAGAUGAAGAUUAUAAUAUUGCGGAUUUAAAUAAGCCUAUUUUUUUACAAAAUCCUCAAUUGCCUCAGAAAGUUGAUUGCGUAUACCUCAUGUGCUCUCAGUCCAAUCUCUUCCCACAGCCAGAUUCAGACUAUUUUUCACGUAAACCAAUGCUUUAUAUGUGGCGGAAUAUGUCAAAUAUAUUACCAAGCGAUUUCUCAGCAUAUCUCCAAGAUUACAUGCACGAAAAAUAUUCAAACUAUCGAAAAGUGUUACGAAUGUUUUUUCAAGUUGCACCUACAAUUGAUAAAUUGUCAAAUGCAAAUUCUCUUAGGACAAAUGUUGGUCAAGGUCGCAUAUUAUUUCAUUACAUAGGUUUUGGAUUCCCACGCAUAACAGAAAACAUUAAAGCAUUAGACAAAAAAACAAAUACUUUCGUAGAUUACCCAAUCAAGACAUUAUUCGAGAAUCUCGGACCUCCAGUUUGGUUCAUCUUUGAUUGCAGCCACGCCGCAACAGUAUUACCGACUCUAGAAGAAACAGCAACGAUUCAUUUUGGCCAAAGCCCAAACAACCAUCCAUGGAAAGACUACAUUUGCUUUUGUGCUACAGGGGAGAACGAAUCUUUACCAUCAGAUCCCCAUUUACCUCAUGAUUUUUUGACAUCUGUUUUAUUGACACCGACAAAAACAGCAGUUCUCUGUCAUAUCCUACAAUAUUACAGGACUACGUUAGUUACAGAUAUGUUUCUCCUCAGAGAUAUCGAUCUAAACCUUUUAGAUGAGAAAUCAAAUUUACAUUCAUCGUUACAGAAGACAUUAGACGCAAUAACAGACGCUAUCGCAGCAGAUAUAUUACCAAUCGAUCAAUACAAAGGCUAUUUCCGAUCUGAUCCCUUAACUUCCGCAUUAUUCCGAAAUUAUUUAUUGGCACAGUACCUUUUACACUUAUACCAAGUACAUCCUAUCUGCCAUCCACAUAUUCCGGACCUUUCCGGCCAUCCCUUGUGGCAACAAUGGCGAACAACGCUAGAUCUUACAAUUAUUUCCAAUGGAACGUAUUUGAAUUCAGAUAUUGACUUAUACAACCGCGCUUUGUCCACUUUUACGAAUAUUCUUCAGUGUCCGACCAAAGAAAAGUCAAGUAUUGCGAAUUUAGUAUUAUUAUUCCAUUUUCCAGAGAACAAAGAGCUGAAGAACCAAUCCAUCAGGCUUCUUGCCAACUACGCGUCAUUGUCGCAACAAAACAGAGAAGAAAUUGCGAAAAUUGCGCAUUUUGAUAUUUUAUUUUCUUAUUUCAUUAAUUUUGAUUACAAAUCUGAUCCAGACACGUUCAAAUCGAUCAGUUAUUUACUUGUCACUCUAUUUGAACAGAAUCAGAACUAUAUUUUAGAGAUAUCUCCUUCAAAUGAUUUAAUUAUCCUUGAAAAAGUACUUUUUGAUGAUGAAAUCACCGACAAAGACAUCAAACCAUUGAUAGCAUCCAUUGUAGCAACACUUCUCCCUCAUAAUGACUGUGUUCGCCAGUUUUCCACACGAAAUGAGUUUUUAAUUAAAUUAAGAACCCUUCUAGAAACAUCGAACAGUGAUUUAACGAUGUGGUUAUUGAUAUUAGAGAGAAGAAUGUUCGAUAAUUACGGUUUAGACAUUAAUUCAUUUUAUAAUUUCGGAUUACAUAUACAAGCAGCAUCAUUUGUUUAUCAUAACUCUGAAUAUGUACGUGCAGCAUCAUUAUCUCUUUUACCUUGUUUGUUACAGAGUGGCCAAGACUUUAUUAAUGUUGAUUUAUUCGGAUUAUCCGUGAAAUGCGGUUUUGAUUGUAGUUAUUUAGUUCGAUAUAAUUUUUCUUUGUUUUUGACAAGGUUUUUAUCGAUUUACAGGGAAAAAGUAAUAGAUCAUAUUCCUAAUGGUUUAAUGGCGCAUCAGUUGUUUGGUUCUUUACUUUCUAGAUGGUUUAAACUUGAUGAAGAUCAUGAAAACGUUGGUUUGGAAAGAUUUAAUAUUUUCAAAAAUGUUUGUGAGUAUUUGAACAAAGUUAAACGUGAUAAAGAAUAUUUGGAAGUAUUCGUAAGCAGUGGUUUGUUUCUUUGUGAGUUCUUAAGUGAUGACCCGCAUCCUUCAGUUUCAAAAGUUUGUCAGAGUUUGAAAACAAAUACAUCAAAAUUAAUUUGUAUCAAACCGAAAACUCACAAUUUUUCUCAAAAUUGUAGCAGUGCUCCUUUGAAUUUUCCUUCAUUUUCUCCGCCGCCGACACCUAUUUUAAUACAAAGGGAGAUUGAGGAAGAACUGAAAGAAGCUUCCAUAGAAAGUGGAGGAGAUUCAUUAUAUAAGUUGUUUAUGAAACAAACUUCGAAACGAGGUUUGCAUCCGAUUUAUUUCGAAGAAACUGGUUUGUGUGGAUUGCCACCUGCUGCUGUUGAGCAUUUAAGUAAUUAUAAAGUUGUUAGUAAGCAUAGAUACGAAUUUAAUGAGCAGCCAACAAUUAUAUGUUAUGAUAAAUUGACAUUGGUUUUAGCACUUGGUUUUAAGGAUGGAAAAGUAGUUGUUUUAUAUGAAAACAAUGUUGAAAAAGUUUUGGAACUCGGGCAUGUUAAAAUUACGAGUUUUUCUUUCGCGAAUAACACAUUUGAGAAUGAUACUUAUUUGUUUAUUGGUGUAGAUAAUGGAAGUAUUUACGGAUGGAACAUGAAAACGAAUUAUCCAAUGAUUAGUUUUAGAUCUGAUGGAUACGCGAAUAGCCACAUCCCAGAAUUCGUUGAUAUUUGCGGCAGAAACAUUGUAAGUAUUAGAGGAAACUGCGGAUCGAUAAGAAGUUUCGAUCCAUUUACUAAAUUGUUGAAAGGAGAAUGGAAUACAUUAAGUAACCAUGAUAAUGAACAUUCUACAGCAAUGUCUGUGAUUUGUAUGAGUGAAAAUGUUUGUGUUGGUUUCUCGCAUGGAAGAUUAAUUGUUUUGGAUGUUUCUAUUUCUUCUGAUACUUCUUCGUCGUCAAGGGUUUUGGAUAUAACUGCUGAUCCUCAACAGAAACAAGUUUUCAAGAUAAACUCUGUUGUUUCUACAAACAAAGAUGACUCAAAUAUCUUUGUUAUAUGCGACAGUGAAGGUCAUGUUGUUAUUGGAAAUAAUCUUGGAAAUCUCCAUGAAGUUUACUCAACAGAUAGUAAGUCUGUUUUCUCUUUCGACAGCCAUAGAUAUUCCCCUGUAAUGUGCAUUUCUUCUCAGGAAUCUCCACCAAAAUUGUUGACUCUUGAUGGUGAUGUAAUCAGUGUUUUGAAGGAAUCAGGAAAUGGCUGCAUCGUGUCUUUCCAUCAGACAUUACCUCUUGUUUGCGUUGCAACAUCAACUGGAAAGAUAAUUGAAUACUCUCUAACAUAA